AUGGACGCUCAACACCACCAAAAGACGAGAGACAAAGUUGAAGAGAAGCAAAUAAUUGAAGGAACGUCGAAACAAAAGGGCAUAGAAAGCCAACAAGCAAAACCACCUUCAGCUUCUUCUUCUCCCACCCAUGAAUUCUCCUUCACAGUCUCUCUCCACCCAGAGGCCACGAGGAUCACUGAUAAACCCAUGAAAGCCAAACCCAAAGCCCCUCCUUCGUUUGCCAUAGAUUUAUCUCCAGCGGAUGAUAUAUUCUUUCAUGGCCACUUCCUUCCUCUCCAUUUCCUCUCUCACCUCCCUCUCUCUCCUCGUUCCUCUUCCAAUUCCUUGGACAGCUUUACCUUACCAAUAAGAGACCUGGUAGAGGACCAAAACCCAGAAAACAUUUGCACCAACAGCACCAAAAUUACCACCAAUACCGACGACAAAAACUUUCACCAAAGCAAAGAUCAUGGGAUACUUGAGGGAAGAACCAAACCCAAAUCCUUUUCUUUGUUCUUCGGCCUACAAAAAUGGCGAAAAGGCCAAGGGUGUGAAGUUAGAGAAAAGGAAGAAAAACAGAGGCAGAAGAAGAAGCUAAAGUUGGACGUAACUCAUAUUCUAAAGAGGUAUGUGAGAAUUGUGAGGCCACUCUUGUCCUUCAUAAGGAGAAGCGGGCGUCGGAAUAUGAAAUACGCCGGCAAGCUCAUUCAUUUUCCGGUAACUUAA